AUGAAUGACAUGGAUACUUUGCCUCCCCCUCCAUGGGGCAGGCUGGCUAUUGAACAAUAUUUCAUCAUAAACUGGAAUUACUCCUUGACCGAAACCCGUGAUCAGCAACGAAAAAGGCUGGUCACUGACUUCCUCGACGAGGAAUCCUUUCCUUAUGAAUGGACAGAAGAUUGGAGUAGUCUCCAAGAAGGUGUCGAGCGGCCCCGUGAGCCUACAACCGAGGAAGUGGACACAAUCCUCCGACCUUACCGUAACGACUUACUUCGAUGGCACGCAAUGACUAUGUUCUAUGAUAAGACAUGUCCCGCUUUACUACGAACGCACUAUAGCGCCGACGAAGGAGAGAGAGCUAGACACGAUGAUCUAAUGACUCACUGGAUUAGCGGAGAUCCCUUUGAAUCAGAAGCCUGGUGGGCGGUCCUCGAUAAUGCGGAUCUCUUUAACUUUGGCUCGGAGUGGCGGCGUGUGUACGAGAUACUUCCUGAAGUCGCGGGCCCAAUUAAUCCCUCUGUCGAUGAUAGAUUCAGGAUUCAGCGGGCCUGUGAUGGAGAACACCUUGAUUGUCUCCGUUCUAGGUUCAAAACCCAACUUGCCGAAGCGAAAGUAGACACGGAAGCUUGGCGCGAGGACCGAGAUGCAAUUAUUGAUAGCUGCGCGAUGGAAUUGCAAAACUACGCUACGGUGACUUAUCUCAUUAUUGCCGACGAGGAGGCUUUCCGAUCUGGAAGUCUGCGGGUGCUUUAUUUAGAUGGUUUUCGAAACAUCAUUCGCGAAGGUCGUAUGGAUCCUGUGGAUGAUGAUAUCUUCAAUGUGAUUGGGAUAUGGAUGGAAACCGACGAAUUCCUUCAAAGCUCUACUGUUGGGGAGAAGUAUCGAGCUAAAGCAGAGUUAGGGAGGGAACUGUAUCAAUUAACGGAUCCCAAGGUCAACUGA